AUGAAACUGGACACAGAAACAAAGUGGUGUCUUCCAAAUAAUGUUGCAGUUGCAGUUGAAGAUAUUACUUGCAUGGAUAGUAACCAAUCAAUGGUGGUGAUUGAGAAAGUGAGCAAAACGGUGCGUUUGAUAGGUUUCUUGAUACAAAACGGUGUGUCUAAGAGUAAUAGAGUUAUGCAGGAUAUGCAUGAGAUGAUGAAACGAGGAAAAAACAUAGGGAAAGCUCUCAACACUGUGAUGGUGAAGCACCAUGAAGCGCUCUCAUGCCGUCCACGUGAUGCUGAUAUGUAUUUUGUUUCACCGUUGGAGUAUCAGUUCAGCUGUAGCGGAAGUCCACCGCGUCUCUCUCGCGGCGCCAGCAGCAGGAGGAGGCUUUUAUCUCCGGCAAAGGAGGUGCGUUGCAGGAGUGGUAAUGAUAAGAGGCGCGUGAAGGUGACGACGGUGUCGAGGGAGACAGAAAAGGAGAAAGAGUUUCAUGUUGACCAGGCGGCUGAGGAGUUUAUUGAUAGGUUUUACAGAGAGCUGAGGUUGCAGAAAUGGUUGGAUCAUAAUCACCAUCAUCAUCAUCAUCAUUCGUAG